AUGGCAACAUUUCCAUUACAAUUAACUGUUCCUCAAAAAGAUGCUCUCGAUGAUAUAACAGAUGAAAUAAAACAAUUUGAUUGGGAAGUCGGUGAAUAUGUGUUUAAUGAUUUUAUUGAAUAUUUUCAAUUACCUCAAAUAAUUCGUGUUUGUCAAACAUGGGAAACAAAUUUAGUUAAACAUGAUAUACUUCAUUUACAAUCAAUAUAUGAUCGACAUUUGAUUAUAUCAAAAUCUUUAUUACCAGAUAAUCGAACAUUCAUUAUUCCAGAUUGGUUUCAAGGUCAAAUUCGUGUCUUAUCAACAAAUCCAAUAUAUAAACCACGUUGGUGGGAAUUUACUAAUGCUUUAGAAUUAUUACGUUUUAAAAUGCCACGUGACCACAUACGUUUAGUUCAAGAUACAUCUGCUCUAUUAUUAUUACCAACAAAUCAAACAAUACCUGUUUUAUUAAAACAAAAUACACAUCUAACAUUAAAACGUAUUGAAAAAUCAACAACAAUAACAGAUGGAAAAGAAAUGUUUGUUUUAAUGGAUAAAAAUGAUCAAGAAUUUCUUCUUGAUCCUACUGAUAAAAAAAAUGUAUUUCAUUUUGCUAUAAAAAUUCUUGAUGAUGAAUUUGAUAGUUCAUAUCAUAAGAAUACAAUGGAUAAUUUAUUUACAUUACCAGAAAUAAUUAUACGCUAUGAAUUACCACUUGAUAUUGAAAUUGCUUCAUUAUCAAAUACAAUACCAAUUGAAAAUUUUCCUACCAAACUGCGUCUUGAAAAAUUUUGUAUUGGUAAAUCAAUUAUUGCUUUUUCUAUAGGUGAUCCUAAUCAUCCACGAAUAUUAGAAUUGUCUUCUCUUACACAAUUUUCUCUUAAUUGUAUUAAAUGUUUAACAAGUGGUCUACCGCGUGAUGCAAGUGCUUAUGAAGAAGGACGUACAUUUGAUGAAAAUGCUUAUCGUCAGUAUGAAGCUGCACGAGAACGACUUAUACAACUAUUUGAAGAUGCUUCAUUACAAUAUAUCCGUACGCCUUUCAUUGGAAGUCAAGAAGAAAUUGAGUGUAUUGAAAAAGUUUAUGAUAUUGGUAUGAAGUUAAAGAAUGAAGAUCAAGGCCAAACAUAUAUUGUGCUUAAUGAAGCAAGUAGUGCUACUCUUGAAUCAUCAAGUAAUAUACCAUCGAUUAGUAAACAUCCAACUCGAUUUACCGUACAUUUACCGGCUGACUUUAAUAGCCCAUAUAGCAAUGUUAUGGAUUUUGGUGAUGAUGAUGAAGAUCAUGAAACUCCAGCAGCAACAAACACUUAA